AUGCCGAAUAUGACCAGCGACCCCGAGCCCGCAAAGCGCAUCCCUUUACACUUCUGGCUGAUGGCCGGCGGCACCGGCCCCCCGCCCAAGGAGUCCAACUUCCACCGCAUGGUCUCCGAGCGCAAAGCAGCGUACCGGGAGCAGAAGGAUUACGCAAAGGACCGUAAGGAAGCUCUUGCCGAGUUCGAAAAGGCAUGGGGGCCUACGGGUGCUACUGGUAUGGUUAUGGGAGUUUUGGGAACGAAUAAGCGCAAGAAACCUGGGGUAAAGGAGAUCAUGGAGAAAUACGGACCGAAAGGCUCCAAGCGUGGAGGUGGAGGUGGGGGAGAGCCGGCGGCAGCAGGAGAGACAGUGAGAGAGGCAGAGGAAGCGGCAGCGGCAGCGGGUGUGGCAGAAGCAGCGGGUGAGGCAGAAGCAGCGGGUGAGGCAGAAGCAGUGGGUGAGGCAGCAGGAGAGGAGGCAGCGGGGGAGGCCGCAGCCGGUGACGGUGUUGGGGCUGGUGUGGUGGAUGCUGCUGUCGCCGGUGAAGGUGGUGAAGGUGGUGAAGGUGAUGAACGCGAUGGCAAUGAAGAAAUUACCAGCGAAGGCGCCGCUACACGUGCCGCCUAUGGUACCACCGACAAAGGUGCUGGCGCUGAUGCUGAUGAGGGUAAUGAUGAGAGCGGCAGUAGCGCUGAGGAUGGAGAAGCUUCUCCUGAGAAUGCGAGCGGAGACCAUGAUGAUACGGGGGCAGCCGAGCCCGAAAAUGAGGGUGACAAAGCCCGGAGUGCUGGCGCCGGAGAAGCUGGUGAAGGUGGCGAAGGUAGUGGCGAUGCAGAACAUACCCCUAGAGGUGCCGCCAGUGCCGCCGCCGACGAGGACGUCUACGAGAGUGGCAGUAGCCCUGAGAAUGGAGAAAUUGUUCCCUUGAGAAAUCGAGCGGAGAUAAUGAUAACACGGAGGCUGGCGAGCCCGACAAAGAUGGCGACGGAGCCGGGAGUGCUGGCGCCGGAGAAGACCCGUCCCCUGACUACAACGAUGCAGGUAACCCUGGACCUGGUGACAACGAAGACGCUGCAGACAACACGGGUCAUAAUCUCAUUGCACCUAGCGAUACGAGUGAAGCUGAUGCGGAUGGGGUAA